CAAAGUGCAUCACUAAUGACUCAAGUUCGAACUUGUGCAAAACAUUUGUUUAACAUUGUACACAGUUAUGUUUUCCACAUAAUGGGAAACAUGUGAAGGCGUGAGGGAAAACCGAAGAAACAAUUGACAGAAAUGAUGCCUGGGAUGAGGAAUUUCAGUGAUGACAAACGAUUGAAUAAGCUAAGACUGUUCUUCUUGGUGAAAAUAUGAGUGAGCAAAAUGUUUUUAGUGAGCAGAUAGUUCUUUUCAAAAUCGGGAAUGGUCUUCAAAAUGUAGAUGGGAAGAAAUUGUUCCCAUUGUUAAACGAAACAAGAACAAGAGUGCAGAGAUUAACAGUGACCUGUGAAAUAAGCAAGGAUGAAAUGAGGAACAAAACAUUUGUGUCUGAGUUCUCAUAGCAUUUCUUUUCCUUGAAAUUAUUUUGGAGGCAAUUCCAAUGGAGGCCUUAACGAUGGCAAUAAAUACAUUUUGGAGUUGGAGUUUGUGGGGAGUGAGGAAAGGUACAAGGUUAUCUGCUAUAGUGGAAAAUGAGGCUCAUCUAAUGAAACGGUGUCAACAUGAUGGGCUGAAUAACGUCCCACAGUACCGGAAUUCUAUGGUCCUGACAAGAUUAUGGCAAUAUCGGCAUGAGAAUGAGAGUUUUGAAGUUCACAAACAAACACUUCACAAAUUGCACAUAUCUUUGUGUCGAUGUGGAAUACUUAAUGUCUAUUGAAGAAAUUAGAAACAAAGGAUAUGCUCUGAAUCUGUUGAAAUCAGUGUUGAGACGUGAAUGCGGUAAGGUGCCUCAGCAAAAUGCAAUGUUCUUUUGUAGCUUGGACAGAAUUUGGUCAGAAAAUGAGGUCUUGUUCCUCAAACUUGCAAUGACCUUAUGCAGACAUGUUGUGGUUAGUAAACAAGCUCUCUUUCAUAUAUUCUGGUAGAUGUUUAUUAAGAAGGUGAUCACCAUCCUUCUCAGGCACAAUUGAUGACGGGUGCGAAUGCACAAAUCCUGAAGCGAACUUGAUGACAAUGGUAAUUCUUUCCAGAAGAAACUGCGGCCUGUCUGAAUGUACUUGCACCUACAUGGUGGCCAUGGCAAUAGCAGCUCUUAUGAUCUUGAUCUUCAAUGUAACUGUACAUCACGUAUUCGGUUAUCACUUUACGCAUUCCUUCUUCUCCUACACUGGAGUUUGUAUGUUAUUUAAAUACAUGAACUCAAUCAGCUUGUUAAUGGCAGUGUGGUUCACUGUAAUGUUCACAUUUGAUAGAUAUGUGGCUAUAUGUUGUGAGAGGCUGAAAACAAAGUAUUGCACAGUGAAGACAGCGGCUGCAGUUUUAAUGAGUAUCACUGCUUUGGUAUGCCUAGAGAGCAUACCGUUUUUGUUUGCAUAUGAACCUGAGAAAAUCAUUGAUAAUUUACAGUGGGGUUGUCGCACCAAGCUGAUUUUUUUCACUUCACCACUAGGUGUUGCAUUUUCCUGGUUGCACAGUAUUUUCGUUCCUUGGAUUCCAUUUUCUUUGAUGCUCUUAUUCAAUUGUUUGACCAUUAGACGUAUUUUAUUCGCCAAUAAAAUUCGCAGGGCAAUUAGAGGUCGGAAUAUUGAGUGUCAAAGAGACGAAGAGGUGGAGAGUCGAAGGAAAUCCAUAAUUCUACUCUUCACAAUAUCAAGCAGUUUUAUUCUUCUUUGGCUGACAGCAGCUGUCAGCUUUUUAUCUACUAGGAUAACAAACAUCUCACAUUAUCGAGGCGAUUUUGCAGCUCCAGCUUACAUUGCCACUGAAGCUGGCUACAUGCUAAUGUAUUUGAGUUCAUGCACAAAUGUGUGCAUUUAUGCAGCGACACAAAGUAAAUUCAGACAUGAGUUGAAGGAAGUGUUGACAUUUCCUUGGUCAUAUCUUCUGAUAUUGGUUAAUCGAAAGGAAAAGUGAAAAAAAAACUGUCUCCAUGCUUCCUACUGCCUCAGAAAGUUUAUAUCUAGCAAACUAAUUCUGUUGAAAUUUAUUUUCUCCUUUUUGUUUAACGACGAGAGGCGUUUGAUAGCAUUCCAUAGCUGGAUUCCAACCUUGGUACCCAAAACAUUGGACGAAUUCAUAUUCUAGCAAUAAUUGAGCAUUAUUGCCCCAAUAUGAAUUCGUCGGAUUUUCUGGGUAUCCUGGUGCGUAUCCAGCCAAUUAAUAUUCUGGAAUUUGUAUUCACAAAUAUAAACCAGAAUACUAUAAUCGAUCAUCAGAAAAUAAAAACACAUCGUCCUCUAACAUCUUUUAGGAAAUGGAAAUGCUCACGGUGGCUGGUCUGGCUUCAUGUGACUCCAGACACAGAGCUAUGUGUUAGACACUUAAUUGCUAUCUUGACAAUUUGGAAUGAUUCAUAAUUGUUUGCCUGGCCAGUCAUGUACAUAUUCUUUGAAAGAAUAAAAGAAUGAAAUCAGACCACUUCUUAAAAGAAUAAUGACAAUUAUUCAGUUAUGUCCUAUGUAUCACGAAAAAUGUUAAAUGACCUACUUAUAUCAAACAAA